UCGUUCCCGGCACUCGGCGGACCAGAGUGGGCGUCGGGUGCGGGCCGCUGCUGGAUGCAGGGCCACCACUCGGCGCCUAGCAUGGCGCUCAGCACCAUCCGACCGCUCCUGACGGGCUACCCAUUCCAGGGCCAGGGUCGCGUUAACCAACUGGGCGGCGUGUUCAUCAACGGCCGGCCGCUGCCCAACCACAUCAGGCUGAAGAUCGUCGAGAUGGCGGCCGCCGGCAUCCGGCCCUGCGUCAUCUCGCGACAGCUCAGGGUGUCGCACGGAUGCGUCUCCAAGAUCCUGAACCGCUACCAGGAGACCGGCAGCAUCCGGCCGGGCGUGAUCGGCGGCAGCAAGCCCCGGGUGGCGACGCCCGAGGUGGAGAAGCGCAUCGAGGAGUACAAGCGCGAGAACCCCGGCUACUUCUCGUGGGAGAUCCGCGACCGACUCAUCAAGGAAGGUGUGUGCGAGCGCGCCAGUGCCCCCUCGGUGUCGUCAAUCAGCAGGCUGCUGCGGGGUCCCCGUGAUGAGGACGAUGACACUAAGGCCAUGCUGCAGCACAAGCACUCCAUCGACGGCAUACUGGCCGCCAAAGAUAUGACAGCCGGCUCCCGGCUGUCCGGCGGUGAGUGCAGCCUGGACUCGUACUCGGACGGCGAAUGCGGAGGCGACCCGACCGCCGAGCCGGGGCUGACGCUGAAGCGCAAGCAGCGCCGGUCGCGCACCACUUUCUCGGCCACGCAGCUGGACGAACUGGAGAAGGCGUUCGAGCGAACCCAGUAUCCGGACAUCUACACGCGCGAGGAGCUCGCCCAGAGGACGCACCUCACCGAGGCAAGGGUCCAGGUCUGGUUUAGCAAUCGGCGCGCGCGCUGGCGCAAGCAGAUGGGCAGCCAGCCCAUGAACGGCUUCCCGUCUCUCGGCAUGCCCGUGUACCCGGCCGCCGCCGCUGCAGCAGCCGCUGCCAAUCAGUAUCUCCUGCAGCAGCCCACCGAGCCGCAGUCCUACGCGCCGCCGCACCAUGCGACCCAGGCGCCGCAAGGUCAGUGGACUUUCCCCGCUGAUUCUUCGUACUCGGAACGAGUUAAAAUCGAGGCUGUUCCGUCGUCCGUGGUUUCGACCAUGAGUCAUGCAGCAUCUGACCCUCGCACGAGCGCAUACUGCGCUGACCAGCACUAUGGCAUGCCCCAGCAGCCGAUCAAGCCGCAGAUGCUGAACAUGCUGCCGAGCCCCGCGGAAUACGGGGCCCUCCAGCAGCCGGACGAAUGGCGCUCGCAGGCGCCCAGCUGUUGGCCCUUGUCCAUGGCACCGACGGCUACGAGCACCGCUACGGCCGCCGAACCGUUCGCUUCGGACGCUUUCGUAUCGCCGCCUUACAGUGGCGCCGGGAUGGACAUCAAGGCGGCGACCAUGUACUACCAGGGUAUCAAGGGACUGCCACUCUGACCCCGCUGCCGGACUUUCUGUACAUAGCGCACGGCAGGCAAAGUGCAACCUCUUGUCAUCCACUCGUGUUGUCAGAGCUCGCCUGCUUAUCGGACGGACCUCCCAGAAGCCCCCGGGUGUCGUUCGUGCAAACAGUGGUGCGCGCGACAAUUUGGUCUACGCUUCCGCCCAAUAACGAGUGAGGUACAUACGUGAACCUCCAAGUGACCGCUCGCUCGUCUAAAGCUUCCCCGGGUUGACAUGAUAGAACACGGCCGUAUAGCGAGGGACGCAAAUCUGUACCCAAUGUAUAGAAGCCAAGAAGGAAUGCUGCGAUGAGGAUUGAAAAAAAUUUUUCCAGAUCGAGCAGGAACACCACCGUUUAGCUUAGUACGUCUCGCCGGCAAUCCGUGCAGUGGAGCUGAGCACUCUAACGAUCCAUCUCCGGUGGUAUAGACGAUGCAUAUCUAAACUGCUCCAAUAACUGUUGCCCAAUUAAACUGGUAAAGUGGUGCGCAAAAAAAAAAAAGACGGGCACAGAAAUUCCUGACUGCAUUAGUGUACCACUGUGAUUGUACAAGAGUCCAUAGCUACAGCGGCAUCCCUCUAUCGAAUCUCGUGGGGUGUGUGAACACUUAAUUUCAAGUGAACAUGGAUCGAGGACGUGGGUUCGAUUGCCAGGCACUGUGGCCGCAUCGGGUUUGAUUACCGGCAACUGUGGCUCCAUUACGGUUAAAAAGUUAAUUGAGAAAAGCUUCGAAACACGCUGUCACAGUGCG